AUGACUCUAAUUCUUGAAGAAAAUGGACAACAAAGCUCUGAACCAACAAAACGGAGACAUGGACAUACUGGACUGGUGAAAAAAUAUUCAUCACUUCAGGUCUCGCACUAUCCUGUACUUCUAUUUGCAAACACCGACACGGAGGGACAGCCGCCAAGUGUUGUCUGGAAGACGAGUUCAAAUACUGAACCUCGAGAAGACGAGAAUCCUGGUGGAGGCGCGGCAGAUCGUGACGAAUAUCCAGCUGCACCUGCUGCAUCGCCAUGUUCUCCCUCUCAUCUUCAUCCACAGUUGUCGUUUAGUUCAGUGGUGAACGCAACAAUGAAAGCACAUGGCCAAAAUCCGGUUAUGAGAUGUGUCUCAUCUUCCACGCCGAUUUCGGCAGCAGCGAGGAAAUCGCUCUGGGGCGCUUCGCUACAUCACUCGUUCGAAAAAAAAUCUGUGCCAUCCGUCGAGUCGCUCUACAAUUCCUGCACGGACCUCGACGCCUAUCGCCAACAACGGAAACGUCGAGCCGGAAUAUCGGGUGUCGCUACCGGCUAUGGAGGACCAACACUCGGCGGUCGUUCACCGCAAUCAUCCUUUGAUUCAAAUACGGAUGUGGCACAGAUUUCCCUAAACUGGAUGAGGAUGAAUGGUCUUGGCACAGGUCCAGUACGGCCACUCCUCACUGGUGGAAAUGCUACAGUUGCCAAGUCGGUGACAAACCUCGGCCCUCGAGUGAACUCGCUUCGAAAGAUGCAUGGUAUUUCCAGUCUCGAGGAUCGUACCACACAUCAUUACGAUACAUUUGAUGGCGAUGCCGUAUCGCGAAAAUCUGUUUCGGUAGCGUAUUCGAAUGAUCUCGAAGCUCAAAAAGUCCUUGAUGACUCAGAAACUCCCCUUAUGGAAGAAAAAGAGGAUGCCGCAAGCGGGGGUCGAUUAAUUAAACGAGAAAUUCUACAUGAUAAACGGCGAUAUAUGAGCGAUAGAGCAUUGUUUUUCGCUGUUCUCGGAAUCGUGCUUAUGAUCCUCGAAAACGAGCUGAGCGCAGCUGGUCUGGUUCCUACGGGUUCUUUCUUUAGUCUCUGUCUGAAAUCACUGAUUGUCGGGUCCACAAUUGUCCUCGUUGUUUUCGUAGCCUAUUUUCAUAUCAUAGAAGUGCAGUUGUUUAUGAAUGCCAAUGCAGCUGAUGAUUGGCGAGUAGCGUUAACAACUCGAAGAAUGAUGCAAAUAGGAGCAGAAAUGUUCAUCUGUUCGCUUUGUCCUUUACCGCUAGAACUUGGCGAAUGGGGUCGAGGCAAAUUGACAUCCAGGACAUUACACACUUUUAAUGUCUUCGUAUCCAUUGCUAUGUUCUUUCGGUUAUAUUGGCUAUGUAGAGUGAUGCUACUUCAUUCGAGAUUAUUCACGGAUGCGAGCAGUAGAAGUAUAGCUGGAUUGAAUCGAGUAAAUUUCAAUGCUCGUUUCAUUCUGAAGACGCUGAUGACACUAUGUCCAGGCAAGAUGCUUAUGCUAUUUACGGCAUUUCUAUGGAUAGUCUCUGGGUGGAUUUUACGUCUAUGUGAAAGGGACUAUGCGACCCUGCACCAACGAAAUCACAUGGAUUAUGUAUCAUCUAUCUGGGUUGUAGCUAUCACUUUCCUUUCCGUCGGUUACGGUGACAUCGUACCUCAUACAAAUUGUGGGCGAACAAUGGCUGUAAUUACUGGAAUCUUGGGAACCUGCGCCUCAUCGAUGGUCGUAGCUGUGGUGGCGAGGAAGCUAGAGCUGACCAGAGCUGAAAAGCAUGUCCAUAAUUUUAUGAUGGAUACGCAGCUUACAAAACAGCUAAAGCACUCGGCAGCGAAUGUACUGAGGGAAACUUGGCUGAUCUACAAAUUCAGAAAGAAGGUGGAAAAAAUUGACUACGCUCGCAUUCGACAACAUCAGAGGAAAUUUCUUGUGGCUAUUUAUGAGAUGAGGAAAAUAAAGCGGGAUCAGCGGAAGUUAGCUGAGAAUUUUGUCUCGCUAGGAGACGUGGCUAAGACUUCAUCAAACACGUACGAGUUGAUCCAAGACGUGCACUCAACUCAGGAAGGUCUGUCGCUUCGAAUCACCGCUAUCGAACAUCAGCUAUCCGACAUCUCUCGAGAGAUCGGAGCCCUGGCCGAGAUGAUGCGAGGACGGAAACGAAGCCUGACGAGCGAAGAAACCAGCCCUUCACAUCAUGUCCGACGGAGACGUGACGCUGCUCAGCCGCUUUGA